UGUUGGGAUAUUGAGAUAUUGGAAUACUGGGAUGUUGAGAUACUGGGAUAUAGGGUUUUUGGGAAAUUAGGAUACUGGGACAUUGGGAUUGUUCCCUACCUGCCAGCAGGGCGAGGAGCGAUGCUGCAGCCCAGGGGAGGAAGCAGCUGUUUCCCACUGCUGAGGGGUAUUUUUAACCCGAAAUCCAUGGGAGGGUUUGUCUGGGCUGGAAGUGAAGAACCACCUGGGCUCUUUUCCUGCCCGGCCCCACAGCUGCCGAUUUUCCUCGCUUCACACUCCGGAGCUCAACUUCUCACCCAGGAAUUUUUGCCCAAAGCUGACCCCACGUCCUCCCUCAAAACCCCCGCCUUGGGGCAGCCCCGCUCCCCUUUCCCGCCCCGUGGCGCUCCUCGCUCCUUCCCAAGCCCUGCUAACGCCGGUAUUUUUGUUUCCCACGGUUGUUUUCACAGCUCCAGUUGCUGUGGUAUCCAGGGAGCCCUCCUCCUCCUCCUCCUCCUCCUCCUCCUCCUCCCGCUGCAGGAGCUGCACGCCGGGCGUUGCUAAGGUCGCCUCCGCGGUAACAUGCACAUCCUGUUUACACCUUCAUCCCCACAACUUGGGCUCGGCUAGAACCGCCCCUUCCCCACUCCGGGAAGCCCCCAGGGAAGGAGCCCCCCAUAGGGAGCAUCCCCCCCACCCGGAGCCGCCAGCGAGGCCACCCCAGGAGCGCCGCGCCGGUGGCACCGUCACCGUGACGCGAUGACGAACAACGUGGCCGACCACCACCCCGGGAACUCGGUGGCCGAGGGCAACCAUGAGGGGGACUUUGGGUGCUCCAUGGUGGAGCUCAGGAACCUCAUGGAGCUGAGGAGCGCCGAGGCCGUGGCCCGGCUCAACGACUCCUAUGGCGGUGUGCAGAACGUCUGCAGGAGGUUGAAAACGUCGUCGGUCGAAGGCCUGUCUGGGAACCCCACGGACCUGGAGAAGCGGCGCCAGGUGUUCGGCCAGAACUUCAUCCCCCCCAAAAAGGCCAAGACGUUCCUACAGCUGGUGUGGGAGGCGCUGCAGGAUGUGACCCUCAUCAUCCUGGAGAUCGCGGCCAUCGUGUCCCUGGGGCUGUCCUUCUACCACCCCCCGGGAGGGGACAAUGAGCUGUGCGGGCAGUCCGCGGGCGGCGUGGAGGACGAGGGCGAGUCUCAGGCGGGCUGGAUCGAGGGCGCUGCCAUCCUGUUCUCCGUCAUCAUCGUGGUGCUGGUGACGGCCUUCAACGACUGGAGCAAGGAGAAGCAGUUCCGGGGCCUGCAGAGCCGCAUCGAGCAGGAGCAGAAGUUCACGGUGAUCCGCAAGGGCCAGGUGAUCCAGAUCCCCGUGGCCGAGAUCGUGGUGGGGGACAUCGCCCAGAUCAAGUACGGUGAUCUCCUGCCUGCAGAUGGGAUCCUGAUCCAGGGCAAUGACCUGAAAAUAGAUGAGAGCUCGCUGACCGGGGAGUCCGACCAGGUCAAGAAAUCCAUGGAUAAAGACCCCAUGCUGCUGUCAGGUACCCACGUGAUGGAGGGCUCGGGCAGGAUGGUGGUGACUGCUGUGGGCAUCAACUCCCAGACAGGGAUCAUCUUCACCCUCUUGGGAGCAGGAGAAGGUGAUGAGGAGAAGAAAGUGAAGAAAGGUGAGAAUGCUUUGAGUAAAAAAAGCGGAGCCCCCGAAAACCGCAACAAAGCUAAAACUCAGGAUGGUGUGGCCUUAGAGAUCCAGCCCCUGAAGAGCCAGGAGGGGGUGGAAAACGAGGAGAAGGAGAAGAAGAAGGUGAAAGUGCCCAAGAAGGAGAAGUCGGUGCUGCAGGGGAAGCUCACGCGCCUGGCGGUGCAGAUUGGGAAGGCAGGGCUGAUCAUGUCGGCCAUCACCGUCAUCAUCUUGGUGCUCUACUUCGUCAUCGACACCUUCGGGGUGCAGAAGCGGCCCUGGCUGGCCGAGUGCACCCCAAUCUACAUCCAGUACUUCGUCAAGUUCUUCAUCAUCGGCGUCACCGUGCUGGUGGUGGCCGUGCCCGAGGGGCUCCCGCUGGCCGUCACCAUCUCUCUGGCCUACUCUGUCAAGAAAAUGAUGAAGGACAACAACCUGGUGAGGCACCUGGACGCCUGCGAGACCAUGGGCAACGCCACGGCCAUCUGCUCGGACAAGACGGGCACGCUGACCAUGAACCGCAUGACCGUGGUGCAGGCCUUCGUGGGGGACACCCACUACCGCCAGAUCCCCGACCCCGAGGCCAUCCUGCCCAAAGUGCUCGACCUCAUCGUCCACGGCGUGGCCAUCAACUCCGCCUACACCUCCAAAAUCCUGCCACCGGAGAAGGAAGGGGGUCUGCCCAGGCAGGUGGGCAACAAGACCGAGUGUGCCCUGCUGGGCUUCGUGCUGGACCUGAAGCAGGACUACCAGGCCGUGCGCAACGAGGUGCCCGAGGAGAAGCUCUACAAGGUGUACACCUUCAACUCCGUGCGCAAAUCCAUGAGCACCGUGCUCAGGAGCGGCGGCGGAUUCCGCAUGUACAGCAAGGGCGCCUCCGAGAUCAUCCUGCGCAAGUGCACCAAGAUCCUGGACAAGAACGGCGAGCCACGGGUGUUCAAGGUGAAGGACAGGGACGAGAUGGUGAAGAAGGUGAUCGAGCCCAUGGCCUGCCACGGGCUCAGGACCAUCUGCCUGGCAUUCCGGGAUUUCCCUGCGGAUGCAGAGCCCGACUGGGACAGCGAGAACGAGAUCCUGUCAGACCUGACCUGCAUUGCUGUGGUGGGGAUCGAGGAUCCCGUGCGGCCUGAGGUGCCUGACGCCAUCCUGAAGUGCCAGCGCGCGGGCAUCACCGUCCGCAUGGUGACAGGGGACAACAUCAACACUGCCCGUGCCAUCGCCACCAAGUGUGGCAUCCUGCUGCCCGGGGAGGAUUUCCUGUGCCUGGAGGGGAAGGAAUUCAACCGGCUCAUCCGCAACGAGAAGGGAGAGGUGGAACAGGAGCAGCUGGACAAGAUCUGGCCCAAGCUGCGGGUGCUGGCACGAUCCUCACCCACAGACAAGCACACCCUGGUGAAAGGAAUCAUCGACAGCACCGUGGGUGACCAGAGGCAGGUGGUGGCUGUGACAGGGGACGGGACCAACGAUGGCCCAGCCCUGAAGAAAGCAGAUGUUGGGUUUGCCAUGGGCAUCGCUGGCACGGACGUGGCCAAGGAAGCCUCGGACAUCAUCCUGACAGAUGACAACUUCACCAGCAUCGUCAAGGCCGUCAUGUGGGGCCGCAACGUCUACGACAGCAUCUCCAAGUUCCUGCAGUUCCAGCUCACCGUCAACGUGGUGGCCGUCAUCGUGGCCUUCACCGGGGCCUGCAUUACCCAGGACUCUCCCCUGAAGGCCGUGCAGAUGCUCUGGGUGAACCUGAUCAUGGACACGUUCGCCUCGCUGGCGCUGGCCACGGAGCCGCCGUCGGAGUCGCUGCUGCUGCGCAAACCCUACGGCCGCAACAAACCGCUCAUCUCCCGCACCAUGAUGAAAAACAUCCUGGGCCACGCUGUCUACCAGCUCACCAUCAUCUUCACACUGCUCUUCGCCGGGGAGAAGUUUUUCGACAUCGACAGCGGCCGGAACGCCCCCCUGCACUCUCCCCCCACGGAGCACUACACCAUCGUCUUCAACACCUUCGUGAUGAUGCAGCUCUUCAACGAGAUCAACGCGCGCAAGAUCCACGGCGAGAGGAACGUCUUCGAGGCCAUCUACCGCAACCCCAUCUUCUGCACCGUGGUGCUGGGCACCUUCGCCGCCCAGAUCAUCAUCGUGGAGUUUGGUGGGAAGCCCUUCAGCUGCUCUGGGCUCACCCUGAGCCAGUGGUUCUGGUGCAUUUUCAUCGGAGUGGGAGAGCUCCUGUGGGGCCAGCUGAUCUGCACCGUCCCAACGAGCCACCUGAAGUUCCUGAAGGAAGCAGGGCACGGCAUCACCAAGGAGGAGAUCCCUGAGGAGGAGCUGCCCGAGGACGUGGACGAGAUCGACCACGCGGAGAUGGAGCUGAGGCGGGGGCAGAUCCUCUGGUUCCGGGGGCUCAACAGGAUCCAAACCCAGAUGGACGUAGUUUACACAUUCCAGACCGGCGCCUCCUCUUUGCAGGGAGCCCUCAGGAGACAGCCUUCCAUCGUGAGCCAGCACCACGAUGUAAAAAAUGUUUCUAGCCCAACCCAUAUCAAAGUGGUGAAUGCGUUCCGUAGCUCCCUGUACGAAGGCCUCGAGAAACCAGAAUCCAGAAGCUCCAUCCAUAACUUCAUGACUCACCCAGAGUUCAUCCUGGAGGAAGACGAGCCUCGGACACCAUUCCUUGACGGCACCGAAGACGAGCCCGAGCCUGACGGACUCCAAAAACGAGGUGGGGGCAACCUGGCAGGGUCCACGGCCCUGAACAGAAACAACAACGCCGUGGAGAGCGAGUUCAGCUUUCCAGAGCCUGGGAGCCCCUUCCACAGCCUGGAGACAUCAGUUUGACCUUAGAACUUGGAAUUUCCCCUCCUCCUCCUCAUCCUCGUCCACCUCGGCCCUGUGUGAUCCCAGCACCAGGAACUGGUCCCACACUGUGGUCACUCCGUGUCAAACUGCUCAUGCCUGUAUCAUCAUCUGGGUUGGUUUCUGGUUUUUUGGGGUUUUUUUGGGAGGGGAGGGUUUAAUCUGUUUUUGUUUUUUUUUUUUAUUUUUGUUUCAUUUCGUUUUGUUCUUUUUUUUUACCAUUGUUUAGCAGUGGGAACCAGAGUACCACCACGCUGGGUGUUGGGAGAAAGACUAAGCCAAAAAAAAACCCCCCAAAAAAACCAGUUGUGCAUCUCCAUCCCUGAAUUUUUGUGGUACUCACCCAGGGGAAGCUGCCAGGUUCUUUCUUCUCCAAGAGUUGGGCUCCAGGCACCUGGAGCCAAGGGGCUUUCACUUUGGAAAAAUGCAUGUUCCAAGGAAAUUCAAAUUGUUGUAGUCUUACACACCCUCGGCCUGAAGGCCGGGGAUGCACUUGUGACUUGAUGUUACUUUUGGUUUUUUUUGGUGGUUUUUUUUUUUUUUUUCCACUCGUGGUUUUUAGGAGUUUUUUUCUUCUAAUGUUGGGGUUUACUCUUUGCUUGUGGGAUUUACCCCCCUACCCACUGGGAAGUGGGGAGGGUCAGUCACCGCUCCAGUGUGAAAAUUAAGGAAUAAACUAAAAAAUUCCCAGCCAGGGGAAGGUGUUUACUCCAAGGUUGAGAGAUCCAGAGAUGCUCACCAUUCAGUCUUCCACCUUUGAAAAAUGGUACCUGGGCUUUUUCCAGCGCCCCCUCUGUGUGUGCCCAAACGUUUUUCUCUCUCUGUUUCCAGACUGGGAGAUGAGAAAUGAAGGUGGCUUGGCUCUAACUUUGCAGGAGGGGAGAGAUUCUGAUUUUCCUGCAAAGGUGGAGGUGAAACCACCAGGAAAAAGGUGGGGAGAGCCCCCCGGGUUGUGAGGGAUGCAGCUUCUUCCCCAGGAAUUUUAGGAGAGGCCUCUCUGCUGCUCUUGGUCAGGGGGAAACUCUUGGUGGGAGGAUUUUUGCAGCUCUCCCAGCUCCUGCCCUCCACAGCAGAGGGAUUUUUGCCCUUUUUCUGUGCUCUUGGGGUCCAGCACCCCUCAGCCCCGCAGUGCUGGCUCCAAGGAAGUGCUGAGGGAUCUGGGAGGAGGCUCCAGGUGUGCCCAAAAGCCAUGGGAGGCUGAGUGGAGAACACUGAGGGCACAGCAGGUCCUGAAUCCUGGGAGGGAUCAGUCCAGCUCUCUCAUGAUCCAGCACAAGGCAGGGAGCCCCAUGGAUGAUCCCUAAUUUUCCUGGAGGUUUGGCUUGGGUGGCUGCAGGUCUUCCAGAGGGGGUGCUGCUGGAGGCUUGGCCUCACAACCAGAACUGGCUUUUUUUUUUUGGAGGUCAUCUCUUCCCCUCGAGCCCUGCCUCAACCUCCCACCCCUCAGAAUAAUCCAGUGAGAAUGCCUUUCCUUGGAGUUGGCUCUGGAUUGUCCCUCUGGAGCAGGAGGCAGGGCAUGAGCUUCUCAUUCCUUCCUUCCUUCCUUCCUUCCUUCCUUCCUUCCUUCCUUCCUUCCUUCCUUCCUUCCUUCCUUCCCUCCUUCCCUCCUUCCUUCCUUCCUUCCUUCCUUCCUUCCUUCCUUCCUUCCUUCCUUCCUUCCUUCCUUCCUUCCUUCCUUCCUUCCUUCCUUCCUUCCUUCCUUCCUUCCUUCCUUCCUUCCUUCCCUCCUUCCUCCCUUCCCUCCUUCCUUCCCCUGCUGCUUGAGAGAGCCUGGGGGAAGCUCUGCCACCUCCCUGCUCUCCUCCAUCCCCUCUGGUAGCUUUGGGAGCAUAGGGAAUGUGCUGGGAGCGCCUGGCCGAGCUCAUUCCCAUCCCUAGCAGCACAAAGGUGAUUUGUUUGGGUUUUUUUUUUUUUGGGGGGGAAAGGCUGGCUCUGGCUGGGUUCUCCUCCCCUUUCCCAUCAGGAACGCACAGUGGAAUCUCCCGUGCCUUGUCCGAGCACUGCCUGCAGCACCUCCUGCCACGCCAGGGCCCAGAUCUUUGCCAAGAUUUAAGUGUUCCUUAAACCACAACACAAACCAAGUGUCUUCGCUUCGCCCCCGGCACCGCCUCGUCCUUCCCGUGGCUGGGAGGAGGAGGAGGAGGAAAGGACCAGCUUGUUCCUGCUGAGGAAAGGUCCUAAUCCCAAAAAUCCCAAAUAUCCCAAAUAUCCUGAGUGUCCCAUCCUGGUGCUGGCGAGCUGGGCUUUGUUCACUGCCAACAGCAAGAAGAAAUUGCCACCACUGCCCGUCCCCAGUGCAAAUUCAGUGUCCACCCCAUGCCUGGCUCCUCCUUCCUUCCAUCCCCAAAAAAAUAACCCAGGGGAGUGAAGGGAUCUUAGGUUAAACACCACGAAAAACAAACAAACAAACAAAAAAACCCAAACAAGGGGUGGCUGUGGGGUUUUGGUUCUGUGCUAAAGGUGACGUUGCUUAAAAAACAAACAAAAAAAAAUCACUUUUUCUAUUUUAAAUACUUGCAAAAAAAACAAAAAAAAAAAGGAUAUGGUGUUCUUAAAAGCUUACAUAAAUAUUUAUUAAAUACUUUUUUUGGGGGGUGCACCAUUUUUUUUUCUUUUGAUAUUUUUUUAAUACCUCAGACCUGUUGAAAAAAUAAAAAAAAAAAAAAAAAAGAAAGACUCAAACCACCACCAACUUCAAGCCAACUUUGGAGACUCUCAAAGUCACUCCCAGAAAAUCUGUGACUGGCAGGGUUUGCCACAAGGGUCUGGUCGUUCCUUUAGUUUGUUCUAUUUUUGUCGUUCUAGUUUCCAUUUUAGGAGUCGGGGGAGGGAGAAAAUAAUGGUAUAUAAAUAUUAUGCAAAAAGAAAAAAAAAAGAAAAAAAAAGAAAAAAAUCUAGUUUUCUUUAGCUCAGAAACUGAUAUUUUUACGUCAGCCAUAUGUAUUUUGUUUAAAGAAAAAAAAAAGAAAAUAAAGAAAUCUCGAGUCCCGUCACUGUGUGAGGGCAGUUGCAAGGGACACUUUAAUUAAUUCCGUGGAUUAAUUAAUUCAGCCAUCGGAUGCCAGUCAGCUUCCUUUUCUCUGAGCAGCCAUCUUUCUACUAGACGUGAGUUGGAUGACACAAAUGGGUUUUUUUAUAUAAAUAUCUAUAAGUUAUGUUGGUGUAUGGCUGGUUGCUUCAAGUAUAAAUGUUUCUUGUGCAGAUUUCCUGUAAAGUUUGUUUUUUUUUUUUUUUUUGUUGGUUGUUUUUUGGGUAUUUUUGGGGUUAAGUUUCAGUGAUAUCCUGGCAGCAGCUGACUCUUGGCUUAAGUUAUUGAGGACAUUACACACACACAAAAAAAUAAAAGAGAUUUGGGGGAGAUUGGUGCUCCAAAAAAAAAAUACAAAGAGAGGCAUGGUCGGCGGCACGGACUUUUGGGGACUCUCUGCAACAUGCCUUGACUAGGGGGAGAUAUAAAUAUACAUAUAAAUAUAUAUUAUUAUGAAUAACUUCUGGGGUUUUUUGUUUUUGUUUUUUUUUUUUUUUUGCUUUGUUUGAACUGCCACGAGUGCGCACGGAGCAGGGGAGGGAGAGCGCCAUGGCCGCCGACUCACCCCCCCCUUCCCUUCCUCGUUGUGAGCCGUGUUCAACCUGCCUUGGAAUGCUUUGUUAUUAAAACACUCUGAACAUC